CAGCUGGAGGAGGCGGCGGCGGCCGCGGGCCGGGCCGGAGGAGCGAUGCUGCUCGCCUCCGCCGUGGUGGUGUGGGAAUGGCUGAACGAGCACGGGCGGUGGCGGCCCUACAGCCCGGCCGUCAGCCAUCACAUCGAGGCGGUGGCCCGCGCCGGGCCGCGGGCGGGAGGCAGCGUGGUGCUGGGCCAGGCUGACAGCCGCCUGGCGCCCUACAUCAUCGACCUGCAGUCCAUGCACCAGUUCCGCCAGGACACCGGCACCAUCCGCCCCGUGCGGCGCAGCUACUAUGACCCGUCCUCCGCACCGGGCAAGGGAGUCGUGUGGGAGUGGGAAAAUGACAGCGGCUCCUGGACACCCUACGACAUGGACGUGGGCAUCACCAUCCAGCGUGCGUACGAGAAGCAGCACCCCUGGGUGGACCUCAGCACCAUUGGCUUCUGCUACGUGAUCGACUUCGCCACUAUGGGCCAGAUCAACCGGCAGACCCAGCGCAAGCGCCGCGUCCGCCGCCGCCUCGACAUGGUGUACCCCCUGGUGUCGGGCACCCUGCCCAAGUCGCAGUCCUGGCCGGCCAGCCCCGGGGCGGCAGCUGCCCCUCCGGCCCCCGCCUGCGCCUGCCCCCAGUGCCUCCUGGUGAUGAGUGUCAAAGCUGCCGUGUCAGCCGGCGGCCUGGGGGCUGCCACCCUGCAGCCGCGCAAAGCCCCCCCUGCUCCUCCCGUUGCCCCCAAGGCCCCUGCACCCACCCCGGGUGCCAAGGCGCCUGAUGGCACAGCCGCAGCGCGCGGAUCGCUGAAGCCUCUGGGCUCACAGGGGGUCCGGCGGCAGGCAGCCAGCACGCCCGCCCUGAGCCCGGCUGGCCCUGCUGCAAGCCCCCCUGGCGCGGGCAGCAGCAAGGCAGCUCGGCCCGGCCUCGGCACCCUGAAUCGCAGCCACCUGCAGCGCCUGGCCAUCGCCCAGUCCCGGGUGCUUAUUGCCUCGGGGGUCCCCACCGUCCCUGUGAAGAACCUCAAUGGCUCCAGUCCUGUGAACCCGGCUCUGGCAGGCAUCACGGGGAUCCUGAUGAGCGCGGCCGGGCUGCCCGUCUGCCUGACGCGGCCCCCCAAGCUGGUGCUGCACCCCCCGCCUGUCAGCAAGAGCGAGAUCCAGUCCAUCCCCGGCAUCUCUCACACCUGCCGCAAGACCACCAAGAAACAGGCCAAGAAGGGUAAAGCUCCAGAGGAGGUGCUGAAGAAAUAUCUGCAGAAGGUGCGGCAUCCACCAGAUGAGGACUGCACCAUCUGCAUGGAGCGGCUCUCGGCGCCCUCCGGCUACAAGGGCCCCCAGCCAGCUGUCAAGCCCGACCUGGUGGGGAAGCUGGCCAAGUGUGGCCACAUCUUCCACCUCCACUGCCUGGUGGCCAUGUACAACAACGGCAACAAGGAUGGCAGCCUGCAGUGCCCAACCUGCAAAACCAUUUAUGGGGUGAAGACGGGGACGCAGCCCCCAGGGAAGAUGGAGUACCACAUCAUCCCUCACGCACUGCCCGGCCACUCUGACUGCAAAACCAUCCGCAUCAUCUACAACAUACCCCCAGGGGUGCAGGGACCGGAGCAUCCGAAUCCGGGGAAGAGCUUCACUGCCCGUGGCUUCCCACGGCAUUGCUACCUGCCUGACAGCGAGAAGGGCAGGAAGGUACUGAAGUUGUUGCUGGUAGCCUGGGACCGGCGCUUGAUUUUUGCCAUCGGGACCUCCAGCACCACGGGUGAGUCAGACACAGUGAUAUGGAAUGAGAUCCACCACAAGACAGAGUUUGGCUCCAACCUCACCGGCCACGGUUACCCUGACAUCAACUACCUGGACAACGUCCUGGCCGAGCUCGCAGCCCAGGGCAUCACAGAAGAGAGUCUGGCACAGGAGAAGGACUGAGAUGGUGGUGGGGAGGCCACAGCAAGGGUUCCCACUGCUGUAUCCAAGGAUACAAGCCACCAGUGAAACCCAGCUGGGGCACUGAGAAGGCAGCAGGAGCUGCUCCAGGCCAGGGGGGAUGUGGGAGAGGGUCUUAGGGCUGUCCCCUCCCUGCUGGCAGAGCCAGCUGGUGCUGUGAGCCACAGAGGUGACGCUGGCCUGGCCAUCCCCAACAGCCAGUCACUGCUGCGCGUUGUCCCGUGCCAAUGUUGCGUGCUGCUGCCAGGGCUCUGUGGGAGCUGGGGAGGGCAAACCAGGACCCUCCCCUUCCUAAUCACCCAUGUCCCAGCCUGACUUGGUGCCCCCUGAUACCCGCCUGGGCCUGGGACCCCAUCCUGGUGCUGGGCGGUGGGUGGGAGCUGGGCUGUGGGGUCUCUGGCUGUGGCCCUACCUCGUCCCUCACCUGUCUCUUUGUCUGUCUGUCCUGUCUGGUACAUCCCGACUGGUCUCCUCUGUCCACAGAGGUUGGGGGCUCUGGUCUACCUCGACCAGACCCCCUCAUCCUUCCUCCUCCUCUUGGCUGUGUCUGAGCUGUGCCCUGCGGGGUCCCGUUGUCUGGGCUGCCCCUGUGCUGGGAAGGACUGGAGGGUGGUAGGAAGCUGAGUGUGGGGGGGAAGCAUGUCUCCCACCCCCGCUCCCCCCAGUAGUGGGUUCCUUGAACUGUUCGUAUGGGGGCGUCCCCGUGUUGAAUUUUAUAUACCUCGUGUUUUGGGGGUUUGUCGUAUAUAUGUACAUAUAGGUGGUGGUGGUUGGGAGGUGGCCAGGGGAACAUGGUGCUGUGGCUGAGCCUGGUGGUGCUCUGGAUGCGGGGAGGGGGUGAAGCAGGGGUGGGUGGGAAGCCAUCACCUUCCUGCUGGAUUCCAGCCGUGUCCCAUGGCUUGGGGGUCUCUGGUGAAGUCUCAAGGGGGUGGGGGGUGGACAGGAUGGCUGGCAGUGUGUUGGCACAGUGAUUUUUGGUCCGGGGGGGUUGGUGUGCUGUGGGGGAAGGGGAGGGGGUGGGGUUUGCAUGGCAUCUGGUGGCCCCCACCAGACCCAGGGACGUCACAGGGCCUCUUGGAGCUACAUGGGGUGGGAACAGUGGGCUCUGUGGCUCCAGGGGGAUGCUGGAGGGGCACGCUCCCCACAGGCUGUUCUAUGUCCUCCUCCUGAGUCCAUCCUGUGAGACACUCCAGCUUGGUGAGUCAGGCGGGGCCCUGCCAAACCUGCCCCCCUGUCCCUGCCUCAUUGCUCCUUGUGGAGUUGGGUCCUCGUAGCCCCUUUUGUUUAGUCCCCUUCUGGUUUUCCUUUGGGGUCGGUUCGCCCUCUGUCCUGGGGGACGGCGGUGUGGGAGGGAUCCGUCCUGAUGUGCAUCAUUCUGUCGUCAUUGCUGUUUCUCCUCUCCCCCGUCCACGGGGUCCAUCGCCGCCAGCUGGCCGCCCCCCGGGGCAUCAAUAAAGCGGAUGGUGGAGGAGUGCUCGCUGUCCCUACGUGGC